CGCUGCGUCUGUCGCUCACACGUAAAUCGACUUUACGCUAAGACGCAAACAAACUUUACAAAUAAAAAUAUCCAACGUGCUAACAUUAUAGUUAAAAAAAUAAUAAUUGUGCAACAUACCCUUAAAUAAUACAUUAAAAUUUAUAUUUAAGAGACACGAAUUUUUGGCGCGUUUGUGUGGCUGAUUGAAAUAAAAAAAUAUAACUUUCUGCGACGUUUUAAAAAUCGAACAUAAUUUUUGUUGUGCUUUAGUUUAUUUGUGAUCAAAAUGAAUGAAACAGAAACAUUAAAACCAGAUAUUUUGGAUUCUAUUUUGGAAGCGGAUGAUACGGAUACAAAUAAUACUUGGGAGUGGUAUCAGGAAGCGAUUAAGACUUGGCUGGAAGACCCUGGCGUGGAGGAGCACGAAGGAUUGAAUAUUACAGCUUUGAAGAUGGACCAAGCGUAUACUGUCGGUCUUGCUGAUCAACAGGUCGCCGUUUAUAGCGUGUCGGAUGAUUGUUUUCGGUGUCCGUUCGAGCUUCAGAAGACAUUGUCAGCAGACACAGAAGAGUCGUGGGUGGUGAGCACAGCACGCCGCGCCACCUGGCGGGUAUACACCGGAAUAGACGACGAUUAUAUCAACUCUAGGAAUACCACAGGCAUGUUAUGCCAGCUACGGCCAGAGUUGGGCCAGUUCGGAGUAUAUCAUCUGAAUAUAACUGGAGAGAGCUGCGAGGUCACCACAACCAGAGAACCAGUUGAUAUUUACUCGCCUCUGCUCCUACUGCUGGGCGUAUUGGGAGCAGCAUGGGUGCUGUACGGGGUGGGCAGGCUGAUCAUGUCGCGUGUGAGGCGGACGGGCAAGCUGCGCUAUGGAGACAAGGAGCUGGCCAUCCAACAACGACUACGGGCGUUGGACACCUUCAGAGGGUUGGCGAUAGUAAUGAUGAUCUUCGUGAACGAUGGUGCUGGCGGCUACUGGUGGUUGGAGCACGCUACCUGGAACGGCCUGUGUGCCGGUGACCUGGUGUUCCCCGCCUUUCUCUGGAUCAUGGGUGUCUGUGUACCCCUGUCUGUCAAGAGCGCCUUCGCUAAAGGCGUCCCGAGGUGGAAGAUCUGCGCGCAUAUCCUUAGACGGUCGGUGAUAAUGUUCCUACUGGGCAUGUCUCUGAACACGAUCUACGGCUCCAACAUGCUCCACGAGCUGAGGAUAUUUGGAGUGCUGCAGCGGCUGGCGGUGGCGUACCUCGUCUCCGCCGGUUUCUACGCGCUCACCGCUCCCAAGUAUUAUACUCCGCCGCGGGGUGCGUGCGGUCAAGCCCUGAAGGACGUGCUAUCGUGCGUGUGGUGCUGGGUGCUUGCUGCAGGGCUCAUCACCGUCCACACUGUCAUCACCUUCGCGGUCCAUGACCCCCACUGUCCCGCUGGUUACCUCGGUCCCGGUGGCAAACAUGACGACUGGGUGGCGUCGAACUGCAGCGGCGGCGCGGCCGGGUACAUCGACCGCCUGCUACUCGGCGAUUCACAUCUGUUCCAACGAAGCGACGCUAGGAGGAUCUACGGGGGACUUGCCACGGACCCCGAGGGACUCUUAGGCUGCCUAACCUCAUCAGUGCAAGCCCUGUUGGGCGUGCAAGCAGGAGCUACAGUGCUGCUGCAGCGCUCCCACAAGUCUCGCGUGUCUCGGUGGCUGGCGUGGGCGCUGGUCUUCGCUUUGGUCGGCGCUCUGCUUGCUGGAUUCUCUAGGGAACAUGGGUCCAUUCCCAUCAAUAAGAACCUUUGGUCCAUGUCGUUCGUGCUGGUAACUUCAGCCUGCUCGCUGGUUCUCCUCAGCAUCUGUUACGUGUUCACUGAUGCGUGGCGGCUGUGGGGCGGAGGACCCUUUAGGGCUCCAGGCCUCAACGCCAUCGCCCUCUACAUCGGCCACUCCCUUUGCUCUCAUCUCUUUCCCUUCCACUGGAAAGUCCCCCACAUGAGGACUCAUAGUAUACACCUGGCUGAAGCCGUUUGGGGAACGGCCCUGUGGGUCAUAAUCGCUCAUGUCAUGGCCAAGAAGAAAGUGUUUAUUACUCUUUGAAGCUCUUGAAUAAUAUGCCUUUUUAGAAUUUUCUAAGAUUAUUGUGAAUGUUGUGAUGAUGAUGUUGAACAAAAAUAUUUGGCAGACAUGCAUAACGUCUUGUGCCCGCAUUACUAAAGCAAUAAUAUCUUCACUAAAUGUGCAGUGGAGAAAUAUGGUACUCCUUCGGGUGAAAGACGUUUUAGUCCAGUGGUCUAUGGAUCUCGAGGACAGUCUCACGCGACUAAGACCAUUAUUGAAGGGGAGUGAGGUGUUGAGUAGCGAAUGCAAACGUAUAAAAGCGCUUACUCAGAAGCUCAACUUUUGAGCGUCACGCUCAACGCGCUCCGACUAAAGUCCUGCCGUCGAGAGAAUGCGCAUUUGACAGCUGGUGAUUCGAAUUCGGGAUAUCUUUGAAGCGGCGAACACAUUACGAUAAAAAAUAUUUUGACCUUACAUCGGCAAUAAAUAAUACAAAAAAUGAUAUUAUAACGUCAAUUUACGAUAAAUAUUUAUUGUGUAUUACAUUGCGCAAUCUCUCGACGACAGUUCUUUAAACGACAUUACCUUGUCUUGCUCAGCUUUCCAUUUUAAGUUAUAAGAAACUACGCUAAGAUAUUUUCCACAUAUUUUGAUAUUAAACUUUUAUGAUUAAAAAUAAGACUGAUGAGUGUUAUCUACACCAACCUGCAGUGGAGCAGUGUGGUGGAUUUUACUCCAUACUCCUUCCGGUUGAUUGAGAGGGUCCGUUCCCAGCAGUGGGACUUAUAUAGGCAGUUUAUCUUAUCUAAUGAGUGUUUAAAAUUUAAAACUAUGUACCUAUUACAAUACUAUCAUGAAUUCAAACGUCACGAAACUGAACCGGUGUCUUACUUGAAGUAUAAAAAUAUAUUGAUUAAAAAAUAAUCUAGUCUUAAAACUCUAUGUAAUUUUUAUAGUGUUUCAGUGUAAUCGUAUAUAAAUUUUAAGUAUAAAUAAAGUAUUAAAACAAAACAAAAUA